AUAGAGAAAGUAACUGUACUGUGCAUUACAGUUCCACUAGUCAGGACGUGGGAAAACGAGAAUUCCUACAUUCCAUUUUUAAAGAUCGAACAAAAAUUGUGGUCCGACAAACGAAGCUCUGCAUAAUAAGGCGCGUUAUUUUCCAUUGAGUUACUCAACUGUUCCCAACCAAUCAAUGUUGUCACAGCCUCCCGUUAAAUGGGGCUAUUGUUUUGCGAUCCAUUUUCAAAGUAGUUCAAGAAUAGCUCAGACAUCACCGGACAAUCCAGCUACGUUUGGCAUUUACGCCUUGAAUUGGGAAAUCUUUUCGAAGACGCAAAAGACGAGAGCCAAUUCCUGGUAUUCAGUGCAGUAAUAUAGCCAGUAGCCAUGGGGAAGCACGUGAUGUUGUCUUACCAGUGGAACACACAAGAACUUGCGGAGCAAGUGUACCAAGGUUUGCGCAGUCACGGAAUCAAUGCCUGGAUGGACGUGCAUGGUGGAGUGAAAGGAAACGUCAACGACAGUAUGGCAGAAGGAGUUGAUGGAGCGGCCGCCAUAUGCUGUUUUAUGACAUCUGAUUAUUUCGGUUCAAGGAACUGUAAAAAGGAAUUAAACUACGCCGACGCGCAGGCUAAGGCCAUUGUUCCCUUGAUGUGUGAGAAAGGGUUUAAGGCGACGGGCUGGCUUGGUAUUAUCACCGCUGGGCUGUUAUGGAUUGAUUUCAGAGAAGGAACCAAAUUCAAGAAUUCUCUAGAAUCCCUGGCGAAGGAGAUCAUCAAUUCCCUGGAGAAUGAGGAUGAUGUCAAGAUGAAACCCUCAGAAAGACCGGCGGCAGCUGACGCGACAACUCCACAAAUCGAUAUCAAGAAGAAACCCGGAAGAGCCUUCCUGCACAAACUGACUGGAAAAUUCCUGGCGGAAUCAGGACAAGUCAAGUUCCAUCAAGCAAGUGGCAGUCGCAGUACUUUGGUCCUGAGAGACCGAGCUGAAGACACCAGUUACUGGGAAGAGGAAAAAGUCAGCAAGUCGGAGAUUCAUUUCUUCAAAAACUAUGCUACCAAAGGAUACUUAGGGUAUGACCCCAAUGGUGAUUAUAUUUACACCAAGGCCCAGCACUAUGGCGCGGAGGAAUGGAUCCUAAAGGCUGAUGACCAGUCCAUCGACGGUCGCCGGGCAGUGGUGCUCUUUGCAAACUUCGGCAAGAAGUACCUGGCAAUUAGGAAUGGAAAGCUCACUGGAGUCUCAAAAUAUUCCGAGGACUGUGUCUGGAUUUUAGACUAAAAUUUGGCGACGCUGACGUCGCUCUAGACAAUGUAUUAAAGGACACGUGACCACGAACACCAUGGGAGUGAUAUACUCCAAACAUUUUGUCAGCGAUUCACAACAAGUUGUUUAUUAGAGUACAUAUUGUGUUUUAAUGCCCCGUGAAAUAUGACAAACUUUGACUGGCCUAAAUAAAUAGUACCCUUUUGGCUCACUUCUGCGGGAUAUCGGGCGCCAUAUUUCCUUUUAGUCAAAAUACCCCUGGUGAGAUCAAACGGUCAGUGACUUGAUAUCAGAGGAAAUCUGUCCCUUAGAGUGCUUAGACAAAGUAUCUGACUGGCUAUAGGCACAGUGAAUAAAACAUGAAAACACUC